AGUUAUUUCUUUCGAAUUUUAAGAAAAAAGAAUAAAAAGCCUACAGUAAAAAAGGAAGGCAAAACAAACAAACAAACAAAAAAAAAAAAAAAACUUUUUCUUCAAUUUCUCUUUGAUUUUGCUGUGUGAAAGAUGAAUCAAAGUCAAGGUCAACAAACAAGUGAAGGUAGACACGAAGAUGAUGCUGCCUUAACCGAUUUCCUUGCUUCAUUAAUGGACUAUACUCCCACUAUUCCUGAUGAAUUGGUGGAGCAUUACUUGGGUAAAAGUGGGUUCCAAUGUCCUGACGUUCGAUUAAUAAGGUUGGUGGCAGUUGCUACACAGAAGUUUAUUGCAGAUGUUGCCACUGAUGCUCUCCAGCAUUGCAAGGCAAGGCAGUCAGCUGUUGUCAAGGAUAAAAGAGAUAAGCAGCAAAAGCAGGACAAACGUCUUAUCUUGACGAUGGAUGAUCUUUCAAAAUCUCUACGAGAGUAUGGUGUAAACGUCAAACAUCAAGAAUACUUUGCUGAUAGCCCGUCUGCUGGGCUAGAUCCUGCUUCAAGAGAGGAAUGAUCUAAAGCCUGCAACAAAUUUCUGUUCGGGAGGUCAUUGCCUCGUCGUCCUCUUGAUUUCUCAAAAUCGCAAAAGCUAUAUGGGUGUUGGAGGAUACAACUCUUGAUUACUAUGCACCUAUAUAUGUAUCUGAUUCACUUACCAAUAUUAGCUGCAGUUGCCACCAUUUAUAGAUUGCUUGUUUUGAGGUUCCUUCCGUGGUAGCGACAGGGGUGAUAUUAACAAAUGACAACUAGCGCAGAUGUUUAAAUUUGCUUUCAACUGGUUGAUGAAUGUACUUUAUUUUGGCUGUGGGUUGGCUGGAUUCUUCA